AUGCGCACCCCGAUCGCUUGCAUAGCGGUGCUUCUGCUGGUAGUAUAUGCGCUGGCCGAUGACUUCAUCACCCCAAGCAAAAUCUAUGACUGGGUGACCGGGAACAUAGGUUUAACUAACACAGAGAGCGUUAUGGUCCUAACGGCCGGUAGCGCAUAUGAGACGCAAACCAUGUUAAAUAUAUGGGACCGGUGUUAUGGCCAUUCCGGCUACUACGUUGAUGGCAGAAAUUGCUUCAGUGCAGUUCGUGUCGGCAUAAUAAGGUGGGCUAUAGAACUGGUAGGAUUAGGUGUAAUUACUGGCUGGUACAAACGGGACGUUCUCGACUAA